UCUGUAGCUACCUAAACAAAUUACGCCAGCUAACAUAUAGCGUUAGCUAGCUGGCUUAACUAACUGACAACGGCAAACUAAAUCGAAGUUUCUUUGACAAAACUGAAGUUUGAAAUGCCCAAUUAAACAAAAAAAAAAAACUACAAUGACGGGACAGUUUGAUGGAUUUAUGAGGACAAUUCAAACCGCAGUAACGUUAGUUUACAUGUAGAAAUUUUCGUUUUUCGACACUAAACGACUUCAUAGUUAAAAUGAUACAGUGAUAAUUUGGAGAAAAAUGAACAUAGGACCAAACGCAUCUUGUUUGGAAACAUUUUGGUUACCACAGGGUGCGAGAGAGGACAUUUUCGACAACCCGUUAAUUUUUCUCAUUGACAAAAUCCUUGCGACACUUUGUAUCUUAUAUUGACACAAGAUCCUGGCGUUUAAAUGAUGACACGAUUUCAGUAAUGUCGUCGUUUGGCAUUUAUCAAUAGCUUUGUUUUAUCCAUUUGAAUAACAAAAUACGUUUUGUUAAACUAGUAAGUAAGAAUGGUUGGAUGUUACGUGUUUGGUUGCAAUCAUCGGACCGGAGGCAUUGCGGCCUGUUCAUUUCGUCGAUUCCCUGCAAAAGAAACCAAAAGGAGACUGUGGGCACGUUUGCUACGGAGGCCCGACAGGAAGCCAAAUCCAAACUCUCGUGUGUGCAGCUGUCACUUUCCUUUGGGGAAAAACAUCCCAACCAUUCUCUUACCUGGAGGACGCCUGUGUCAACCUGAAGAAGAGACAGCUCUUUCACCAAACGUCCUGGCUGUGGGGAAAAUGGCUUUGCCCCCAAACCCUCAGGAAAACAGGGAAAUUGCUCUGCCCCAAUAUCACCAGGAAGCAGAGUUGGCUGAUGGGCAAAUUGUUGUGAGCACAUCUGAAGGUGUGGAGAAAAACGGAUGUGGCAAAUCUGCAAAAAUGGAUAAAGAAAAUUCUUUUGGGACAUGCAGUCCAGUUUACAUGGAGAAAGAUGGUAUUGAUGCCAGAGUCCCUGAAGCAGCCCAUGUCAUUGGAGAACCAGAAGUCACUGAUCUGAAGCCCUCAUCAUUGGCAGACUUCAAGAGUCUGACUGUGAGCUCUAAAAAUGGAGGCUGCUACCUGCAGUGUCCAUUGUGCUACUACCAGUGCAACACUAAAAGCUCGUUCCAGAUCCACAUUGGCUCUCGGCACCCCCUCCACUGUGAGGACAUGGCUGUGGGCCGUCUGGGCAAAAUCAUCUUCUACCAGCGUACAGCUAAGCUCUUCCACUGUCAAUCCUGCUUCUUCACAUCCAAAGACUACAACAAGCUGUUUGAUCACCUGUUGGUCAAGCACUGCAUUACCCGAAAGGUGGCAGCAGCAGAUGAAGCCAAGCGCAUAAAGCAUAAAUCCGACGAGGCUAAAGAUGGUUGUGGUUCCAGCAAGAGUGGCAAGGACCUUACCGAGGUCGGUAAUGGGGAAAGUGGAGUGCAGGGCAAGGCCCCAUCCUGCAGUGAGGAGGAGGAGGAGGAGGAUUUGUUAGCCGUAAGUCAGGCAGCAAAGGAGGAGAGGGACGCUGCCGUGGCCAAGUACAUGGAGCAGCUGAGCCCGCGCUACUACUACUGCAAGCUCUGUAAGUGGCGCUGCAAGAAGAAAGGCUUCCUGCUGAACCACGUCAGCCAGAAGCACAAAGUGCGCAAGCUGCACGCCUGCAAGGACUGCAGCAAGACCUUCAUGCUGGAGAUAAUGCUCAUCAGACACGUCAAUCUGUGCCAUAAGCAGGGGCUAUACAAGUGCCUGUAUUGCCCGUUUAAGUCCAACUUCCUGCGAGGGCUCCGCCGUCACCUCAACCGCUGUCGGAUAGAGGACGACAACGUGGGAUUAGGGGACGGAGGCCAAGAAAAUCAUAAAAAAUGAUUAAUUUGGGGAAGGGCCCUUUCCUGCUGCAGCCGUACUCCCUUGUACACGAAGCAAGGUCCAUAAAGACAAGCUUCGACCAGUUUGGUGUGGAGGAACUGUAGUGGCCUUCACAGUGGCCUGAGCUCAAGUUCACUGUAGAGCUUUGGGAUGAAUUGGAUUGUUGAUUAUAAUUAGCUAAGCAAAGAUUGUUCACUUUAAACAGUAUCACAAGGGCCUCAGUGGGUUUGCAAACAUGUAUGCAUUCAUUCUUGGGAUCUUGCAGUUCACAUAUGUGGUUUCCUGGCUAUGAUCAUACUCAUGGUAAGUUCCGUUACAACUGACUAUGCGUAGUAGCCAAAAGGUCAGGUUUUUACUGCUUUGAGGUUCCUUAAAAAAUACCCACCCCUCAAAAAAUAUUUCCUCUGUUCUUAUUGACAGUUUUAGUGUAAAAACUAGCUGGUGAUGUUGGAACUAAAAAUGUUUUCAGAUUUUAGUCAGUGAGUAGUCAAAUUAAAUUUGUAAUGGCUAUUCCAGACUAAAAAGACAUUUAAAUGUACAUCAUCAGAAAAAGGCAGGGCUAUGUGUUAAAGGAACCUUCUCACUGAGCAUGUUUCACUUGCAAUGAUACCACGUGGUAUCUGAAGAGCAUCAUCUUAUGCUUUUCUUCAACCAUCUGAGGUAGGUCUUUAUUUUCUUUUGCAAUUUGUGUGUAUUUAAAUAGAGGGGGAAAUGGUAUGUAAUUCAGAUAUUAUUAAUGGUAACUUUCAAUAGUACCUUUUUAAUCUGUCAACAUAAAAUACUAUUUAAUUUAACAUGAAAUUAUAAGGUUUAUUCUGUUUAUCAGCAGUUUCAUUGAUUUUUUUUAUUUUUAUUUUUUUAUUUUAAGAAGUAGCCACUUUUCUAAAUUCCUUUACAGACUUGCAUAUUAUGUAAUGCUAUUUCCCAAUAACAUUUUUAUUUUGCUGGUGCUGGUUUUGUUUUUGUUUUUUCUAAGAUAGGAAAUUAUCUUUUUUUCUGUCUGGCAGUCUAUUGUACCGUUUGUCCUUUUUAAUAUGCAGAAGUUCAGGUCCAAACAAUGGAAAUGAAAACAUAAGGUAGUGUGGCAUUCUUCCCUAAAAUUAUUUUUUCUCAACAUGCUACACUGUGCUGUUCCAUGGCAGUUUUCUGUUAGUAGAAAAAACAUUGCUAUUAGGAACAUUCACUUCCUCUUUUUGUGAUGGAGACCUCCCUUUAUCUCAGUGACUGUGUCUCUGUUUUGUUUUUUGUUUUUUUAAGUGCAUUUUGUAUUUUCUUAUGCCAUACUUCUCCUCGCUCUUAGCAUUUGCUUGAUCAAAUGCCCACUGCUUAAUCUAGCCUUUAAGAUCCCGUCCAAAGGAAUCUCACAGGAUUGAUAACUUUCGUAUAAACAUUCUUUAGAAAGCAGUUUAAAUGAGUCAGCACCAGCUCAUCUCAUGAGAUCAAAUCACUGACUACCAAGUCAUUUCUAGAACAGAAAAUGUCCCCUGAGAUUUAUUGCAAAUUGGUGCUUACUCAGCCAUGCCAGGCAAAAAAAUCUCAGUGGAAACACUGGGCAAUAUUUCACUACAUAUGCUCACUAUACAUUGGUAUAUAUAUUACACUUUUCUUCUAUUACACAUUGCUAUGCAUGCACACCCAAUCCCAUCCCCCACUUAACUCUUAGUUUAGCAAAAAGCUGAGUAGCCACUGCACCAAACUCCUGUCAUAGUUUUCAGGAAUCCCCUCAUCUGUAGUUUCAUGUUUAGUCAUCAAACCAUAACUGAUAACUUGAAGGUUUGGUCUGCAUUUACAAAUGUACAUUAAGAAGCCACUUUAUUAAGUACACCUGCCAUAUCUGUUAUAAGCCAUUGUAAAGUAUGAUCCAUGCAUGUAUUUGGCCCAUUGUUGUUAGUAUGGUAGGGCGCAAGUGUGUAAUAAAUAAAAAUUAAGUAUGUGCUUCACAAAUUAA